AUGAGCUCCCAGAAAUAUGCCUUCCUCCCCAUGGACGAUGGCGAAGUUGGUCCGCAAAAAGUAACAAAGGAAAAGAAGCAUCGCAGCCACCGCAGAGACCGCGACCACGCUCGGCACAGAGAUCGCGACGACAAAUCUUCCAAGUCCUCCAAAAGUCGCUAUCGCAGCCGCUCCACAUCUCCCCGUCAUUCUCACAACGGCCGAUCCAAGUCUUACCGCAAUCGCGACGCCAAUGAGACGUUCGACGACCGGUGGGCCGACGAGGCGCCCCCCUCCGAUGAUCCCGACCAAGGCGAGCCCGAGCUCGAGUUCGAACAGUCAGGCAGCAAGCGAGUUAAGCUAGACCACCCAGAACCUGCAGACGAGGACCUUUCCGACGGCGCGAAAGAAGAGCGCGAGCGUCAGCGUGACCAAGAAGAUCGUGAAGCUUUUUCAAAGCGUCUUAAAGAAAAGGAUGACUCCCGCUCGAAAAAGGGAUAUCGUGAUGGCGAGGCCACAGCACGGAGACGCCUCGGUGACGACGCUGCCGCACGAGACGCUGCUCUCCCCGAUCUGCGAGAACGAUCGCGACAGGAAUACCUUAAGAAGCGAGAGACGGAACGCCUAGCAUUGCUGCGCAAACAAGUCGCUGAGGAAACAGCCGAGCUUCAGAGCGGUAUUCGACUUUCAGACAGGGAACGGGCCGAAUUCGCAAAGAACAGAGAAAUCUUGCGGCUAGCCGAAGAGCGCCUCAGAAUCGACGAUCAUCGCGAUGGAUAUGUCAUGCCAGAAGACUACCUAACAGAGAAAGGCAAAAUGGACAGGAAGAAAAAGGAGGCGGCCCUAUACAAACGAUACGUGGAAAAGGACGAGUUUGGCCAGGAAAAGUUCGUCACUGAACACGACGAAUGGGAACGCGAGCAAACGCUCAAGGCCAAGGCACAGAUUUCCCGGCCGGAACUCGAAAACACAGAAUACAACUAUGUCAUGGACGACAGUCAGUAUAUCAAAUGGAGUUUGGACUCGCGCAUGCCCAGCGAGCGAAACAACAUGACGGCUGAGCAGCGCUUCAUGGAGCAGCAGCUCGACGCCGCAGAGAAAAAAGCCCUGACGAUAGAGGAAACGCGAAAGAGCCUUCCCAUCUACCAGUACCGCGAUGAGUUCAUAGCUGCACUUGAGCAGUACCAAGUUCUCGUCAUUGUCGGUGAAACGGGCAGCGGUAAAACAACACAGCUGCCCCAAUAUCUCCACGAAGCCGGCUAUACUAAGGGUGGCUUCAAGGUUGGCUGCACGCAACCUCGCCGAGUCGCAGCCAUGAGUGUGGCUACUCGUGUCGCUGAAGAAGUCGGCGUCAAAGUUGGCAACGAAGUUGGAUACUCGGUCCGUUUCGAGGACUGCACCAGCGAUAAGACGAUGCUUAAAUACAUGACUGAUGGUAUGCUGCUGCGAGAAUUCAUGACGGAACCCGACUUGGCCGGGUAUUCCGCCCUCAUGAUUGACGAAGCGCACGAGCGUACCGUUCAUACCGAUAUUCUUCUGGCCUUGCUCAAAGAUCUCUCCCGCGAGCGUAAGGACCUGAAGCUGCUCAUUUCUUCGGCCACCAUGAAUGCGGAAAAGUUCGCAUCAUACUUUGACGACUGUCCCAUUUUCAAUAUCCCCGGUCGUCGAUAUCCCGUCGAUAUUUACUACACUCCCGCCCCCGAGGCCAACUACCUCGCAGCGGCCAUUACUACAGUCUUUCAAAUUCAUACUACCCAAGACAAGGGCGAUAUUCUCAUCUUUUUGACUGGCCAGGACGAAAUCGAAGCGGCGGAGCAGGAAAUCGCAGAAACGGCCAAGAAGCUUGGGAGCCGCGUCAAGGAGCUCGUUAUAUGUCCCAUCUACGCCAACCUGCCCUCAGAGCUGCAGACCAAAAUCUUCGAACCCACCCCGGCGGGCGCACGCAAGGUUGUGCUCGCAACCAACAUUGCCGAGACCAGUCUGACUAUCGAUGGCAUCGUCUACGUGAUUGACCCCGGCUACGUCAAGGAGAAUAUUUACAACCCCGCCACGGGUAUGUCUAACCUCAUCGUGGUGCCGUGCUCGCGCGCCUCGGCCAACCAGCGCAGCGGUCGUGCCGGACGUGUCGGCCCUGGCAAGUGUUUCCGGCUUUACACCAAAUUUGCCUACAUGAAUGAGAUGGACGAAUCGACGACGCCCGAGAUUCAGCGCACCAAUCUCAACAGUGUGGUGCUACAGCUCAAGUCGCUCGGCAUCAACGAGCUACUAGACUUUGAGUUUAUGGAUCCGCCGCCUACCGAGGCACUCAUCGGCGCGCUCAAUCAACUCUUUGCGCUGCAGGGGCUCAAUCACAAAGGCGAGCUGACCAAGCUAGGUCGGCAAAUGGCCGAGUUCCCGACGGACCCCAUGCUGGCCAAGGCCGUCAUCGCGGCCGACAAGGAAGGCUGCGUCGAGGAGGUGCUCUCCAUCGUCUCCAUGCUCGGCGAGGCGUCGGCGCUCUUCUUCCGCCCCAAGGACAAGAAGAUCCACGCCGACAGCGCGCGCAACCGCUUCACGGUCAAGGACGGCGGCGACCACAUUACCCUCCUCAACGUCUGGAACCAGUGGGUCGACAGCGACUAUUCGCCCAUCUGGUCCAAGGAGAACUUCCUGCAGCAGCGCUCACUGACGCGCGCCCGCGACGUCCGCGACCAGCUGGCCAAGCUAUGCGAGCGCGUCGAGGUUGCCCCGUCGACGUGCGGCGCCAACAACCUGCGCCCAAUCAAGCGCGCCAUCACCGCGGGCUUCUUCCCCAACGCCGCGCGGCUGCAGCGCAGCGGCGACAGCUACCGCACCCUCAAGAGCAACGCAACCGUCUGGGUGCACCCGAGCAGCGUGCUCAUGGCCGUCGACCCACCAGAGAAGAUGGUUGUGUAUUUUGAGCUUGUGCAGACGACAAAGGAGUACAUGCGCAGCGUGAUGCCCAUCGAGGCCAAGUGGCUGGCGGAGCUCGCGCCGCAUUUUCACAAGAAAAAGGAUAUCGACGAGCUGGAAGAGAAGAAGAUGCCAAAGAAGAGAUAG